AGAUCCCAAAUGAAAAUUCUCUUCAACUCAAUUGCCCUCGUGGUCCUGGCCACCAUUGUCCAAGCGGAGUUUUCGGACAGUUUCCGUAACUACUUUGCUGGUCAACCGGAAUUGCUGAAAGUUUUGUCUAGAAACGACCUUUUUGGAGCUAAUAGAUGUUUUGGAGGUGGAAAUCAUGUUGGAGGAGUUAAGACAGAAAGAGUCCCUAUCAUCAUCGUACACGCCGGAGCCAGCAAUGCUGGCGUAAUACAGAAAUACUACAGACCUCAAUAUAUAGAAAGAGGAUAUAGUGAUGAAACCGUCUACACAACAACAUGGGGCAAUACAACCGACACUUCUCAACGAAAUCUUGAGAUGAAGUGUGAAUAUGUGAAACAAAUCAGAAGACUUAUUCUUGCAGUCUCAAACUUUACGAAUAAUCAGGUUGAUAUUGUGGCACAUGGAGAAGGAUCCCCAAUUGCAAGAAAAGCGGUGAUUGGAGGAAAAUGUGUGGAUACUAAUGAAGAACUGGGAGUUCCACUGACGAAGUCAGUUAGAGCAUUUGUUUCUGACAAAGGAAUAAAUGGAGGUAUUCCAUGCGACCCCAAAUAUGAUACACGUCGAACUUGUCUGAAUAUGGACAUCGGGCUCAACUGUGCAUCCAAGUUUAUGAAAGACAUAAAUGCCAAAGGAAAGCGAGAAGCCGUUCACUCGAUUCACUCCCUGGCCCAACUUCGCCCUUGGGCAAAUAAAAUGAACUGCGGCUUAGACGUCUACCUCAUUCCCGACUCAAAAGUUUUCAGAUAUGAUUACAAUGGCAUCGAAGAGAAUGUUCACCGCGUUGUGGAGAUUCUCAAAAAUCAAUAAUCACCUGAUUUUUCAAGUUUUGUUCUAAUAAAUAUUCAGCAUGCAA